AUUAGAUUUAACAUUCCAUUAGCUAUGUCUCGACGAAACGAGGAUUUUGAUGAAUUUUGUGAUCCCGAAAAUCCAAAAGUAAUCAAAUAUCAAGAUAUAAUAGAUGCCGCAAAUCGAAUAAGGCCUCACAUUAUCAACACCCCGUGCUUGGCUUCCCAUUUCCAAAAAGAAUUUACUAUGCACUUAUAUUACAAAUUGGAAUUCCAACAAAAAUCUGGAAGUUUCAAGUAAAGAGGUUCAUUGAAUGCACUGCAGCUACUCCCUUUGGAUAAGAAAAAGAUAGGGGUGGUCGUAGCUUCUGUUGGUAAUGAAGCCGCAGGACUCUGUUAUUAUGGUGCUAAAAUGAAUGUACCCGUAAUAGUAGUAAUGCCUAACUGUGUACCUAUUGCUAAACUUCAAAAGUAUCACAACCAUGGAGCCAAGGUGAUGGUUCAAGGUGGCAAUCUAAUGGAAGCACAGAGAUACGCUCGUGCAAUCGCACGAGAUAAAGGAUUGACUUACAUAAACGGACGUGACCAUCCGCAUAUCCUAGCUGGGUACGGUACCAUAGCAUUGGAGAUUCUGGAUCAAAUGCCGUAUGUGGACGCAAUAAUUGUACCGGUUGGCAGCGGAGGAUUGGCUGCAGCAAUCGCCACUGUGAUCAAACAUGUCAAACCUCGCUGCCUUGUCUAUGGAGUACAGACUGAAGCCAUGCCGGUAUUUUUUAAAUCGCUUGAGGACGGUAGCCCUGUAACAGUACCAGGACAGUCAACCCUUGCCGACUCCAUUGCUGUACCAAAUGCUGCUGUCAACGCUUUACAUAACGCUCGUCCUCUUUUAGAUAAAAUGUUACUUGUUAACGAGGAAUGGAUCGCUCGUGCGAUGUUGCAUUUAGUAGAAAAAGAGCGAUUUGUGGUUGAAGCGGCUGGAGCAUGUCCACUGGCUACAAUCAUUGGAAAUCUUGUUCCUGAGCUCAAAUUAAAAAACGUAGUUUGCAUUCUGAGCGGCGGUAAUGUCGAUAACCUACUACUGGUCCGAUGCCUGGACAGAGGAUUAGCAGCUGAAGGUCGUUUGGUGAAGUUUACAGUGGGAAUAAAAAACAACCCUAUGGAAAAUUCUCAGCUACUGAAGCUUCUCGCAAAUGGAGGAUACAACUUGGUGCGAUUAUUUAGAGACAAUUCAUGGGUUGAAGACGAUACUUAUAGCAUUGAGGUUAAACUUGUUUGUGAAACACGAAACCUGGAGCAUGCUUUGGAACUGAAAAGGAUAAUAGAGAGAGCGUAUCCAUGUACUGCUCUUUUUGAAACUGAGCCUUUCAAUGACAAAAGAAUCUGCCCAUGCUAUGUCAGAAACUCAGGAAGACCUGUAACUUGUAAAGUGUAAUUAAUAUAAGUAGGUACGUGUACUAAUUAAAUAUUUUCAAUUUAAAUAAUUCUGGGUAUGUAACUCAGUUGUUAGCAUAGCAGGCGUAUUAUAUUUGUAUCCAAUUAAAAUUAUUAG